GAACUUCAAGUCUCAAAUAUGAUUGGACGCAUCAAAUUACACGCACGACCUAUAUACAGCCUCGUGCUCGUUUCAGCCUUGGAACAGACGCAUCUUGCAUGAAUGAUAUGGUUUUGGGUUGCUUCUUGACGUCAGGGUCACCGCGGAGUGCGACAUUGAUUCGUCUGGGGUAGGUGCCAGCCACCAACAACAACGUUGUUGGGCCAUGUUCCUCCUUCUUCCUGCUUUCUCUCCUCCAAGCAAACCACAUUUUCCAUUUCCUCUUUCUCCUCCCUUCCUCCUUCAUCACACAAUGCCUCCGAAAAAGGCCAAGGCCGCGUCCAAGGGCAAAGCAAAGAAAGAAGUUCAAGCCGAACCUGCUGCCAAUGGCGUCGCCGUGGCCGAGGAGACAGCAGCCCCUGCUGAGGACGCACCUGCCGAAGAGACCAAGGUAGAAGAAGAGCCAGCCGCCCAGGAAGCCAGUGAAGAGCAACUUGCAGUCGAAGCUGAGCCUCCGACUGAAGAGCCCAAGACCGAGGAGAAGCCUCCGACUGAAGAGCCCAAGACCGAGGAGCCUGCCGCUGGAGCGCCAUCCGAUGCUCAACCUGCACCUGAAGCAGAAGCCGCUGUUGCAUCCAAGGACACCAAGUCGAAGAAGCGCAAGGGAGCUGCCGAAGUUGCCGAGCCAGCCACCACCGAGACCAAGUCGGAGGAAAAGAAGGCGUCUAAGAAGCGCAAGGCCGAUGUCCCUCCAGCCCGAGCAGGCGAGCGCAAAUCCGGCCGUGGCACACAAAAGGCUGCACCCACCACCGAGCAACUCCUGAACUACCUUCUCUCGCCUGCAUCGACUGAAUUGUGCCGCCCCGACGAUGAGUCAGACGAAGUGCAGUCACGCGGCGACGACUACAAGACCUACUCUUCUUCCGCACUGACUGCUUUCGAAGAAUUGGUCUGCGCAGUCGUUUUGAGCCGUCCUAUCAGCCACAAACUCGGUCUUCGUGCCAUCCGUACCAUCCUGAACGACCCUUACUCUUUCACCACUCCCGCAGCUAUCAUCAGUGCCGGCAAGGAAAAAAGACACAAAGCCUUGGAAGACGCAAAGACGCAGCACAAAGACAAGACUGCUGAGCAGAUUGGUCUCGUCGCUGAUGUUGUGGCUCACAAGUUUUGCAAGGACGACAAGGAUACGAGUCUCGAGAAAUUGCGCGAACAAGCAAGCAAGGGUUGGGAUAUGGAGCGCGACCUGCUGCAAGAGAACAUCAAAGGUGUUGGAAAGACUGGCCUAGACAUCUUCUUCCGUCGUGUUCAGUGGCUCUGGCCUGAAGCCUUCCCCUUCGUCGACGAGAGAUCAUCGCGCGGUAUCGAGAAGCUGGGUCUGCCCAAGCACCCUGACGAGUUGGCCAAGGUACUGGACAGAUACUGGGCCAAGCUCGACACCAGCCAUCUGGUAGACGGUGACAAGGAGACGAAGAAGAGAAGAGCCUUUGUGGUCAUUUGCGAGAGGGCCACUGCUGCUGAUCUGGAGGGCAAGUCAGACGCCAUUCUGGAGUCUGCUGCUUCUUCGUAGACGCAUCGAGGGAAGGUAUCGAGAUGGUGCCGUUUGAGAUGAUGAGAUGCCGAGACAUACAUAUUCCUAUAUAGUAGCCACUGUGCUGGGUGAACCGCACCGAUGCAAGUAUAAAUAUUCAUGA